UGUCAAAACGAGAAAAUACCGGCAACAGCCAAAUUCCGUAUUGUGUGUAAACUUGACUCGACUGAACUGUAUACGUAUAGACGAAUGCGCGUGUUUUGAGCUGAGACAACGUCGAUUUCCAACGUUUCCGCAAGUAGAUAUUGACCAAUCAGAAGGCUGACACCGAAGCUGUACAACAAAACUCUCGUAGUAAAAACUGCCCUUUAAGACCGCCCUAACCUAAGUGUCAACUGUUCUCCGAAAUCGAAAAGUCAUUCGUGUCCGGCUAAGGAUUUUCGGGGACGCGUACUCAUACACAUACGCGAAUCUAAUUUACAAUGGAAGAAAUGAGCAUCACCGUGCCAGAUAAGGACGUUGCUGAAGUUGACAUGAAGCCAGUGAUUGGACAUGGAACUGGAGCUAUGGAGGAACUAGACGUUGAAGAUCUUUAUACUAAAUAUAAGAAACUACAACGAAUGCUUGAAUUUUUGGAAGUCCAAGAAGAAUACAUCAAAGAUGAGCAAAGAAACUUGAAAAAAGAAUAUUUACAUGCUCAAGAAGAAGUGAAACGUAUACAAAGUGUACCAUUAGUGAUUGGUCAAUUUUUAGAGGCAGUUGAUCAAAACACUGGAAUUGUCGGUUCUACAACCGGAUCUAACUACUAUGUGCGCAUUUUAUCAACUAUUGAUCGAGAACUACUAAAGCCAUCAGCUAGUGUUGCUUUGCAUAAACACAGCAAUGCCCUGGUGGAUGUUUUACCACCAGAGGCAGAUUCUAGCAUCUCUAUGCUUCAAGCAGAUGAGAAGCCUGAUAUUCUAUACAGUGACAUUGGAGGUAUGGACAUGCAAAAACAAGAGAUAAGAGAAGCAGUAGAGCUACCUCUUACUCAUUUUGAACUUUACAAACAAAUUGGUAUUGACCCGCCAAGAGGUGUUUUGAUGUAUGGUCCACCAGGUUGUGGAAAAACUAUGCUUGCUAAAGCUGUUGCCAGACAUACAACAGCUGCUUUCAUUCGUGUGGUUGGAUCUGAGUUUGUGCAAAAAUAUCUGGGAGAAGGUCCAAGAAUGGUGAGAGACGUCUUUCGUUUAGCAAAAGAAAACUCUCCAGCUAUUAUCUUUGUAGACGAAAUUGAUGCUAUUGCUACAAAGCGUUUUGAUGCUCAAACUGGAGCUGAUCGUGAAGUACAGCGUAUUCUCUUGGAGUUGCUAAAUCAAAUGGACGGUUUUGAUCAAACUACCAAUGUCAAAGUUAUCAUGGCUACUAACAGAGCUGAUACUCUUGACCCUGCUCUGCUGCGUCCAGGAAGAUUGGAUCGUAAAAUUGAAUUCCCACUGCCCGAUCGUCGGCAAAAACGACUGAUUUUUUCAACAAUCACUACAAAGAUGAACUUGAGUGAGGAAGUUGAUCUUGAAGAUUAUGUUGCUCGUCCAGACAAAAUUUCUGGUGCUGAUAUCAAUGCUAUCUGUCAGGAAGCUGGAAUGCACGCUGUGCGCGAAAAUCGUUACAUCGUUCUUGCGAAGGACUUCGAGAAGGGUUACAAAAACAACAUUAAGAAAGAUGAAUCUGAACAUGAAUUUUAUAAAUAAAUUAUCAUCUCGAAAAUAGAGAAUUUUUGUGCAAAGCUGAAGUAAUUGCUUUUAUUUUAUUCGAAUGUGUUUACAAUUUAUAAUAAAUAUAGUAUUACAAGGAUAUUACAUAAAAUUAAUUCACAUUUUCACAAAAGCUAUUUUAUAACUCUAAAAAACAAAUCCAUUUUUCUAUAAAUUAAUAAAUAAACUGUA